UGGACGGUUUCUGUCGCCAGGAGGGGAUUCUGCAGCGUCGGAAAGCGUCUGCGCUCAUUGGCCAGCUCCCGCAGUGGCUGAUGGGAAUGGUUACCAAACUUCGUCAUUUUGAAUGCUGGCUGCUGCCUGUUUUGCGGUGUAAACUGUUUGUGAUGUUCCUCCGGUGAAACCACCGAGCUGUCCAUGGGAGUCUGGUGAUGAGAUACUUCGUAUGAGCUGCGUCCCUGGCACCGAGAAGAGUAUUUCUGUGUAGAGGGGUGUACUGUGCGAGCCCUUCCCCUGCCUCCCGGGAAAUUGGUUAUGUCUUCCUCUACCACUAAUGCACGAUCUUCUGAGGGGAGGCAUUCUCAUUCCACUCCCCAGAAGGACAUCGAAGCAGAGGCUGUAAUGGUGCGCUCAAAGAGCUGUGAAGUCAGCAGCACCAGAGGCUCCACCUAUUCUUCCUUAUCACCGAUAUGUCAUGAUAGCUAUCGAAGUGACUUUGAAGACCAGGUUCUCCAUUCAAAUGCAUUGGUGGAUGAAUCCGAAACAAGAAAACCUUGGGGUCAUUCUAAAGGACAGAACAGCAUGCCGAUUGAACAAUCUCUGGCCGAUUUGAAGCUCUCUCCCUGGGAAAUGUGGCUUCUCUGCAAAGAAAGACAAGGUCGCAUUGAGCUGCAAAAGAAAAUUUCGGAGGAAUUAAAACAAGAGGAGGAAAGGAGAAAACAGCAGCAAAAAAAAGAACAGAAGAAACGUCUCGCUGAAGAACAGCACAAAGAUUGGGUCCGGAAAAAGCAAGACCAGGAAAGAAAGGAGAAGGAGCAUAAACUUCUACUGGAGCUCCAGGAAAAAGAAUUUGAAGAACGGAGGAAACAUUCCUUACAAGAGAAGAGUAAAGAGAAAUACGAAGAGUGGUUAAGUAAAAAGAAAGAAGAGGAGCUGGAGAGGAAGAGAAAAGAAAAGGAGGAAGAGGAGAAACGUGAAGCUGAGCAAAGAGAGAAGAAGGAGAAGGCUGAUCAGAUGUUCAAGGAGUGGUUAGAACAGGCCAAAAAUAAGCCACGUCCGACGCUCAACAGCUAUGGCUAUGUCAGUGGAAAACUAACAGGAUACUAUGAUGGAACCUCCUAUCCUGCUCCAGAGUUCUACAAUCCCAUCCCAUGGAAACCUAUUCAUGUACCACCACCGCCAAAGGAAGCAGUGAGAAACCAGCCUGGGAAGAAGAAGAAAAGAGCUGUAUCCAGCCAGCCAUAUAGAUCUAGCAUGGCUACACUAUACAAACCAAAGGACAAUCUUCAAGUUGGGGGUGGAAAGUUCAAAAGGUAGUGUCCACCAGAUAGUAUAAUACAGGUGUUUUACCUUUUAGAUGUAGGAAAAACCUCUGGUUGUGUACUAUUUUUCUCAAAUACUUUAUAACAUUACCAGCAUGAUGGUCCACUUGCUCAAGUAUUGAGCCAAAAUUGUGAUCCAAAAAUGCCCAUGAUCUUCCAGCUAGUAUUCAAUGAGAAUUGCAGAAGUCCUUAACAAAGGCUGGUGCUACAGAGCUCCUCCACUUUAUCUAAUAAGAAGCAUUGGUCAUUUCAUAAAAUAAAAUGAUCAUUGAUCGAUUGAUCUAUCGUUGAUCCAUUCCUAGUUUUAGAUGUGUCCAAAAUUAGCACAAUGCAAUUGAACACAUCGCACCAGACCAUAGGCACUUUUCAAGAUUUCUUUGUUUUAAAAUGUAGUGUGUGAUACAUAAAUAUUGUAUGGCAGUUAUAUAUCAAUAUGUGAUUCCUCUAACAUGCAACAUCGUGAAUUUAACUGAAAUAUCUAUGGUCUGAUAUUUGCCUAUUUAUGUUUGUGUUCUGAACACUAAACUGCACUAGAAGUCGCUUAAGCCACCACUAGUUUCAAUGAACUGUAUUUAUAGCCUUUUCCGUUUACAUUUAUAAAAAUGCUUUAAGUGAACUUUGUAGAAACUGUUUUUGUACUUUUAAAUCUUAAAGCUUUUCCCAAAAUGUGAUUUUGACUUUUUGAUAUUUUUCUAAUAAAGCAACAUUGACUUUGAUAUUUUUUAUUUGUUUUUAGGACUUAAAUACUGUUUAACACAAAUUGCUAAACUGCUUCAAAUAAAGGGCUAACGACUUAGAAAGUUA